GUAGACUGCCGGACGUUUGGCUAAUUCAAAUGUCACCGUAUUAUUGUUACACACGUGUGUGUUAUUAGUACUCGGAUGGAUUUGCUAAGUUUGGUUAAGGGUUUUAAAAUGUAGAUUUGUGUGUCUCGCGGGGGUCUAUGUUCACAAGAUCAAAAUGUUAAUAAUGAAGUUGCUAGUUUAUAUUUUUUGGGAAACAUGAAAUCGUCAUUUUAAAUAAAAUUAAUUAACUGUUUUCUAUCGCUAUAAUUUUCAGGGUUACAGUUACUGGACUUGCUACCAAAUUUAAGGGAGAAAGAAGAUGAUGAUCUCCUGAUCCAAUGUGAAACUUUUGAGGAAACCAUGUCUGAGGAUGAGGAGGAGUUAAUGAGAAUAUAUGGUGGAAUUGAUAUGAGCAGCCAUCAAGAAGUAUUCACAACACUCUUUAACAAAGUGAGCAGCUCCCCAGCCUCUCUUCAGCUCCUGUCGAUUCUUCAGGGUCUUUUGCAGUUGGGACCUGCAAACUGCAACGCCUGGCUGGCUUUGGAAGCCUUGGUAAACAGAGUCAUAUUGCUGGCUGAUGACGCUGAAGAUUCCAUUGACACCAUUAUGGAGAGGCUUUUAGUUUGCAAGAGAAAGCCAAGUGAGCAGCAGACAGCUGAGGGGAGACCUGCCAAGAAGGUUGAUGUGGGUGCACAGACUGACCAGGCGGGAAAUGGAUCAGAAAUUCUUUGGUCUGGAGCUGGCCUGAACGCAGCACAAGCUCCCCCACCGCCCCCACCUCCUCUACCUCCACCUCUGCCAUCAACAGGAGGGACACCUCCCCCUCCUCCCCCACCACCCCUCCCUGGCAUGGGCAGCCCACCCCCACCUCCCCCACCCCUUCCUGGCAUGUGUGGCAGUCCUCCCCCUCCACCUCCCCUGCCAGGUAUGGGUGGAAUGCCCCCUCCACCACCUCCUCUCCCAGGCAUGGCCCCACCACCACCUCCUUUACCUGGCAUGGGCAGCAUGUCUCCCCCUCCACCCCCACCACCCUGUCUGGGUACAGGAGACGUGCUAGUGGCAAAGACAAGCUACGCCUUGGGAUGCACUCAGACUGACUUUCACAAACCAGUCCGCUACCCAACACUCCGGAUGAAGAAGCUAAACUGGCAGAAGCUGCCUUCUAAUGCGGUGUCAGACAGUAACUCCAUGUGGACCUCUGUGCAGAGAAUGGACAGCCCCCUAGAGCCAAAUUACUCCAGCAUUGAGCAGCUCUUCUGUCUGCCUGUGACUCAGUCCAAAGAGGAGGCAGCUACCCCUGUCAAGAAGCCUCCCAAAGAGAUUACGUUUCUUGAACCUAAGAAGAAUCUUAAUUUGAACAUAUUUUUGAAGCAAUUUAAGUGUUCCAACGAGGAGGUCGUUCACAUGAUCAAGAGUGGAGAUCGUUCCAAGUUUGAUGUGGAAGUUUUGAAACAACUUUUGAAGCUGCUGCCUGAGAAGCAUGAAAUAGCAAAUCUAAAAUCAUUUCAAGGCGAGAAGGAGAAACUGUCUAAACCAGAUGCAUUCUACCUCCUCCUCCUUGGCGUGCCAGGCUACCAAUUAAGGAUUGAGUGCAUGCAGUUGUGUGAGGACACCGCCUCGGUAAUGGAGAUGCUGCGCCCAAAAGUGGACUUGAUCGAAGCAGCAUGUGACAGUCUGUUGGCCAGCAGUAGAUUACCAAGCUUCUGUAAACUGCUUCUAAAAGUUGGAAACUUCUUAAACUAUGGAAGUCACACAGGCAACGCAGAGGGGUUUAAAAUAAGCACACUUCUGAAGCUGACUGAGACGAAGGCAAACAAGUCCCGUAUCACACUGCUGCACCACAUGGUGGAGGAAGCGGAACAAAACCACACAGAUUUGUUGGAACUUCCCAAUGAUAUCGAAUGUUGUUCAAAAGCAGCUGGUAUAAGUAUUGACUCAAUCCAGGCUGAAGCGAGUUCUCUAACCAAACGACUGAAGGAGACUUCUGGUAAAAUAGCAUCAUCUAUAGAAGAGGUUAAGCUGCAGUAUGCAAAACUUACACAGGAGAGUCUUGCUGCCUCUGAAGAGCUCGAGGAUCGCUUUGGUGUCAUAGAAGCCAAGAAGAAAGACCUGGCCCUGUACCUGUGUGAGGACCCUGCCAGGCUGUCUCUGGAGGAGUUAUUUAAUACCAUCAAGACCUUCAGAGAUCUGUUCCUGAAGGCAAUUCAGGAUAACAAGACCAGGAAGGAACAAGCUGCCAAGGCAGAGAAGAGGAAGAAGCAGCUUGAAGAUGAAGACUCCAAGAGACAAAAGGGAGAGGAUGGGAAGAUUAUUCGUAAAGGCCUCCCGAAGCAGGAAGAGGAGUGUGUUAUCGACUCUCUCCUGGCGGACAUCCGGAAAGGCUUCCAGCUGAGGAAGACUGCACGGGGCAGGUGCGAAUCAGAGUGCACUCCUACUAGUGAAACACAUAGAGGUAAAACAGAGUCUGGCAAAAAUGUCAGUGCUGCAGGGGAAGAAGCAAAAGCCUUGGUUUCCAAGGCAACCAAAACCAACAGCCGUCGGCCACAUUGCGCAGUUGGAAUGGACAAAACAAGCAGUGUCAUCUUGCCCCCUUCUGAACCAGACCUUGCAGUACAAGAGGAGGAUACUAGUGCUGCAUGUUCAAAGCAAGGCCUUCCUCCCUGCCUAGACACUACAGAAAGAAACGCUACAAAACACAGCCCACCCACGGUGACUCCCGUAGACACAGGGAAUAAUGGGAAUCAAUUGGACAAUAAUGGAGAUGACACCCAGGAGGAAUCUGGUUUCCCUGCUCUAUGUGAACCUGCUUUAGCUAGCCACACACUUCAUGUUCUAAAUGAGCGGCGUGAGGGUAAUGGGGAUGUUGAUAGGAAAGUGGGCCACAAGCCCAGUGCCACACAGUUUGAACUCAACGGAAACAGUAAAGAUGAAAGUGCAACACAGGUUAAGCACGGUGAUCCAGAUGCACUUCUGCUUGAAUCUGCCGUGCACACUGACAGCAAUGGCAAUGACAGCCCCCGAAAUACUGCUUUAGACAAGACGGCGAGAGAGAGCGACGUUCCUGAUGGUAUGAAGGGGGCGAGUGUCUCUGAAGAGCCAUCGCCAGCAGUAGAAUCUGAGCAAAGCACUUCCGGUACACGCAAGUCCACAAACUCUCAGAAAUCUGCAGACAAAGGGCUGUCUAAACACGUGGGGAAGAAUAAAAAGAAGAGUGGUGAAGCAGUUUACAAGGAAAAUGGACACACAAAAUCAAAAAAAGGUUGUAAUUUACAGUGAGGUAGGUAAAAACGGGUGUGUGUUACACUAACAUUGUCAAGGGGGUGUCCAUGUGAUUUAAUUACAGCUCUCGUCACUAACGCAUACACAAAUCUAACACGGUCUUUGUUUUUAACCAACUGUAUUGCCUUCCCAUCAGAUGUACAGUACCUUUACUUGUCCUACUCCAAUAACCUUCAAAUCAAUACUGACUCUAAAACUUUAUACUCCUUUUUUCUCUGAGUAAUUGAAAUGCACAGACAGGAAUAUAAAUAAUACUUGGAGCUCUGGGACUUUGGAUUUUCAUAUGCCAUUCAUAGCAGCUGUUGCUCUUGCCUGAUAAGUUGUGGGGCACGAUCCUUGCUAAGAUUAAUACCAGUACAUUGGAUCUCCACACAGACAGACCCUCCCCACUUCCAGCCCUGGCUGAAGUACAGUUACUAUAAUUUAAGAUACUGAUGGUGCAAAAUCACACAUGACACCAAAGUAAUUAUUUUCCCUAUAUUUAUUUUUGUGUCCCAGGGACAGAACAAAGGUACGUAAACACAGCAGGGGGUCCUGUUACAAUUUAAGAGUGAAAGUGAAUUUUAUUAGUUCGUUUUUUUAGUUUAGCAAUAAUGUUGCUUGUAUGACUAGGCCUUAAUGGUGUAAGUAAGGUAGUGAAAGGGUUGCGUGGCAAAACAACCAGUAAAUAGGAUCUCCAGAGCCCUGAUUGACUCUGCAACAAUUCCACCGUCUUUGACUACUGCACCAAAAAGAUGCAUAACGGCAAAGAAAGCACAAGCUGAAGCCCUUGAAAGUCACUGUUUUUCUUUUUUUGCCUCAAGAUAUGGAGUCUGUCACCUGCAGGUCCUCUGCUUGAUUCUGAACCAAGAUUGAAAGUUAUGUAAAAGCAAUUCAUACCUGGAGGCUACUUGGGAGCUCUGUAUUAAAUAUGUAAUAGCGAUCAAGGCCCAAUAAGUUCAUAAUUCAGUGAAUUGCUUUUGUGUGAUUUAAGGAAUCAAAGCCUCAAUACACUAGCAGUUUUAAGGGGAAAUGUUGCAACAUAUAUAGCCAUCAAAAGUUGGAAUGUAUAUUCCAGACUCUAGGAAUCUGUCAAUGGGCUUUUGCCGUACCAGUCUGCCAUAGUUGCUGGUGACCAUUGCCAUAAACAAUUGCUAGUGUGUGGAAGAUCACAUAGUUGAUUGGCUGCCAAGACUGCUGUUACGGAAGAGGUGAUGUUGCCCUGUGACCACCCUCUACUGUGUUACUAACUGUUGUUUUUGUAUUUUAUUUUUGCAGGUGGACCACGGAAGAAAGGCAAGACAAAAGCCAAAAGGACAUGUUGAGUUUGGGCAGGGGCUGUGCCUUUCUAUAUGGUGUUAUCAUUUUGCAAAACUGUAUGAUAUUGUACUUCUUUGCUGACUCCCUGAUAAUGCCGUGAAGCUAAUAUUCAAGUGUUGGUCAAAGAAGACUUUUUGGGUUGAAUCACAGGAUUUACUUCCGGCCAUCCCAUGAAUUCAAGGAUCUAAAGAAACGAGUGCCAGUGAUUAAGCUGGUCUUGCUUCAGAGCCAGUGGUUAAAGGGAAGCGUUAAGGAAAAGACUACCAGCGAUAGACACACUCUUCAGGAUUAAAGGGACAUGCUUAUAAAAUCAUUGUCAUAAUUUUUUGUGAAAGAAAUACACCAGUAAUGUUACAAAACUAAUAUCAUUUUGAAAUUCACAGCCAUAAAUGUAUUCCUGAGCUCUUGAACAAGGAAGUAAGUGAUGAUUAGAGACCAACCACUGAUGAGAGUUGCCUGUAGGGUCAGUAGUCUCCAAUGAUCAGACUACCCACAAGCUGAUAUUUAAGGACCCUCUAAGUUUACACCAUUCAGCUUUCCUUAUCAAAUUGAAUGUGUGUAAGAGGAAAAAAAAACAACAUGAUGUCACAUGAACAAAAAAAUAAAAUUUGUAUUGUUCUCCCUCAAAUAUGACAACUAGCGACAGGUCAUAAUAGAGAAGUGGUCUUAGUACAGUAGAUUUAAAAUUGGAAAGGGACAGAAAGAAAGGGGUGUUAAUGUUGAACGGGUCUUCAUAUGAUGCUGGUCACAAGGAAGGAGUUCACUAUAUGGGGGGAAAAAAGAUCAAAAAGAAAAUAUUCUUAAUUGAUACAUAUUGCUAUCAAUUCUCUAUUUAUUUUUUUACAAAAGACACUUUCCCACAGAUCAGCAGUAAAGUGAUAAGGCGAGCGCUGUACGUAGCGAGCACACAUAACCAAGCAAAGCCGUCCUUGCUUUUCUUAACACACUAUUUCCUUUCUACAUGUGCUGUCUUUCAGCUUCCUUUUAGAAAACUCUUAUAAAUGAAACCUGGCCUGUUGAAUAACACUGCUCAAAUAAAAAAAAAGCUUUUAAAUCAGGGCCAAAUUGUCUAAGCACGUACUUAAUAGCUGCUUCUGUGCCCGUGUUUCUAAGUGGUAUAAAAGCUAAAGUUAUAACAUUUUAAUAGUGUUAAUUCAAGGGCCCCCGUGCAGUGUUCUUGCUUCCUUUUGUAACAUUCAUUUUCAGAAAAAAACAAAACCAGUGUAGGCCCAAGCUUUAUCCAAGCUCCAUGUAAAUGCGUGUGGUUGCUGCUGCUAUUCUAUACUGUAUGCAUACUUACAGAAGAUUGUAAAGUGGUUCAAUUCAAUGACAAUAAAAGAGAGUCCAUGCCCUCCCUUAUAAAAGUAUACAGCGGUAAAUUUGCAGUCAUUUUGCAGUUUUCCCAUGUUAUAUUGUCCAGUUACUAUAGUUUACCAGUUUACCAUGGUUUGCCUUUUUAGAAAACUUCAGGAGGAAGGACUGGCCCCAUACUUAUUAUGUCAACUGUUAACCAGUCAGAUUAUAAAUAAACCUGACACCCGUCUUAUGCACAAUUGGUCACAUCCCUCCACCUCCACCAAUCGCCCUCCCUUAUUUCUGUACUGCCGGCCAGGUAGUGGUCCGUCACAGCAAGCAGGUUUGAGGCCAACUGACUCCUCUAUAUCUUACCUAUUAUAUAUACUGUAAACUGUCUUGGCAUUUAUACUGUUUACAAAACACUAGUUGGAACUCCCUCAUAUUACCUGUAUCAAUAGGUUUGUAUUUUCUAUUGAUUAUUAUUCUAAGCAGCACACAAUCAUAACAAUAUUCUGCAUGUAUCUGAUAACUUUGUAUACAGAACUGUAGUUCUUUAUAUUGGUUUGCCUUCAUAUCUUAAAUAAAACCAUGAAAUGCAA